AUGGCCUCACCUUCCAACUUCAAGCCAUUAGGCGAAGCACCACGCGAUAUCGGGAAGAUUAUUGAACAAGAACGCGCAUCUGAACUGCCAAAAUUCAAUGCGGCGGUUGCCUACCGCCUCGGCACCGCCCUCCACUCCCGCCUCCUUACCUUCCCUUCCCCAGCCUGCAUCCAUAUCUCCACUGUCUCCACCCCAGCACACGUCCUCUACCACGCCAUCACGCACGACGGCACGGCGCUUGACAACGAUUACUGGAUCGCGCGCAAGCGCAACUCGGUCAUUCGUUUUGGCGCCAGCACGUGGCGGCUGCAUGUGAAAUACGAUGGUGACGAGCAGGCUUUUGCAAGCAAGGUUGGCGGGGAGGCGAAGGCUGGGGAGUAUGCGAUUCAUGGAGGCGGAGUGCCGAUCUAUGUGAAAGGGGUGGAGUGGCCGGUUGGCGUGGUGGUAGUCAGUGGGUUGAAGCAGUGGGAUGAUCAUAUGGUUGUUGUUGAGACGCUGGCCGAGGUUUGCACGGCCGUGUUGAAGGAAAUCGAAGCGAGCAUCGCUCAACACAAAGAAGCUCUUUCCACAGGCCAGAUCACCAGCGUCGAUUUGGUGAUUAGCUAUCUCAAUCGCAUCGCUACCUACGAUAUCCUCGACUGUUUCAAUGCUUUUACCGUCUUUAACAUAAAUGUCUUCGACGAAGCAGCUGCAUCAGAUGCGCGUCGUGCAGCAGGGGUCCCAGCACGUCCCCUGGAAGGGAUUCCCUAUACCAUCAAAGACAGCUACAAAGUCGCUGGUCUCACAGUCACAAAUGGCUCGCCCGCUCUAAAAGGUCUGUUGUCUAACCAAGACUCCAGCCUCGCGAAGCAGUUGAGGGAUGCAGGCGCUAUAUUAAUUGGAAAAACCAGCAUGCCUCCAAUGGCUGCAGGAGGUAUGCAGCGCGGUCUGUAUGGACGUCCGGAGAGCCCUUACAAUCGGAAGUACCUUCCAGCAGCUUUCUCAUCAGGCUCUUCGAGCGGAGCGGCAGUCUCAAUAGCGUCAAGUAUGGGCGUAUUUGGGUUGGGAUCAGAAACCGUGUCUUCUGGACGUUCACCGGCGAGCAACAAUGGGCUAGUGGUCUAUACGCCUAGCAAAGGCGUACUGUCAUGUUGCGGCUUGUGGCCGCUAUACAUCACUUGCGAUGUCCCGGUUCCGCUCGCAAGAUCAGUGGAGGACAUGCUUGCCAUACUAGACGUUAUCGGAACCCCACAAGAAGAAAAGAAAGGAGAUUUUUGGAGGGAGCAGACGAUUGUAAAUCUACCUAUACCGCAGAAACUGGAUUACCAGACCCUGGCACAACCCAAUGCCCUGCGAGGCAAACGAAUCGGUGUCCCUAAGAUGUACAUUGGUAAACAAGAUUGCGACCCCCAUGCCAAACCCGCCGUGGUCAGCACGGAAGUUAUCUCCUUGUGGAAGAUGGCAGCAGCACAUCUCUCGGACUUAGGCGCCGAGAUCAUUUACACCGACUUCCCCGUUGUCACGAAUUAUGAGAACGACUCCAAAUCCGGCGAGAACAACAAUGUUUUGGGCGUUCCAUCGGACUGGCAUCUCGUGGAGCGCACUACACUAAUAGCCAAAGCCUGGUCUGAUUUUUUGGCUCAGAACCAAGAUCCGAACAUCAAGAGCCUGGCAGACGUCGAUGCACUUUUGUUGUUUCCGAAGCCAGAAGACUAUCUGCCGGAUACGUGGCUGGAAGUGCGUAACUGGGUACACUACUCGGCACUUCCAUCCUUGGAAGCUGAAGUCAAGGACGUUCCCAUGAUGAAGUUCCCUGGUCUAAAGCAGGUGCUUCCCGCACUUGAAGCGCAACGGAAACGCGACCUCGAGGACUGGAUGGACGAUCUGAAGCUGGACUGCGUGGCUUUUCCUUCGCAAGGCGACGUCGGGCUGGCGGAUCUAGAAUUCAGUCUCGAAAGUGCACGACACAGUCUACAAAACGGCGUGAAGUAUUCCAACGGUAACCGCGCAUUCAGGCAUCUUGGUGUACCGACUGUGGGCGUACCAAUGGGUGUCAUGGAGGGGAAGCGGAUGCCUGUGAAUCUGACGUUUGCUGGGAAAGCGUAUGAAGAUGGGAAGCUGUUGACGUAUGCGUAUGCGUAUGAGCAACGGAGUCAGGCGCGCAUCCCGCCGCCAUUAACGCCGCCGCUGGAGAGUGACAUGGUAAUGGGAGCUUGGACAAGACCAUGGAAGGAAAGCAUGGCAGUGUUGCAGCUGACAGCGUCGGUGGAAAAGAUGUCGGGCGAUGGAGAUGGCGGUAUACAAGUGCAAGUAGCACUACAAGCAAGUGGAGCGACGGUGGGACCAGUAAUGCUCGAGGUGUGGGUGAACGGUACCAAAUGCUGGGGCCAAACAAUGAGUCAGCUUGGACAGUGGCUGCUGGACAUUGAGGGCAAGAGCCUCCCAACACAUGGCAAACAGGAGGUUCUGGGAUGGGAUUUGCAGCCUCUAGAACCACGGCCUACCAUGGUCAUUGUCAUUGCAAGGGCACCCGGCGCUUUGACCAAAGCCAAUCUACUGUGGUUGGAGUAA